UAGGUGAAGCCCUCCUGACUCCAAGGUAGAGACUUCCUGCCUGCCAGGGUGGAGCCCUCCUGACUCCUGUCUGCCGAGGUGGAGCUCAGAAUCAUGGCCUGGCCUCCACAAAAAGGCCUGCACACAACUGUGCAAUCAGCACGCUGGCUGCUCUCAAAACAUGGGCCCAGGAUUGGAGAUUUCAUCCCUCCCAAAUCUCUUACAAAUCUCCAGGCUACAGGUCCCAAAACAGACUUUACAAACCAAAGAGGAAACCAAUAAACCAGCUUCCUCUGCUUUAUGAGAACUGCCUGGAGCCCCUCAAC